AUGGUAAACGUGAAGGUGGAAUUUUUGGGUGGGCUAGAUGCUAUUUUUGAAAAGCAAAGAGUACAUAAAAUUACUAUAGACAAAGAGGAUACCGUAACAGUGGGCGAGUUAAUCGACCAUAUUGUAUCCACCAUGAUCAAGAACCCUAAUGACGUCAGUAUUUUCAUUGAAGACGAUUCUAUAAGGCCAGGUAUCAUCACAUUAAUCAACGACACCGAUUGGGAGCUUGAAGGCGAAAAAGAUUAUGUAUUAGAAGACGGCGAUAUUGUCUCUUUUACUUCAACGUUACACGGUGGCUAG